AUGCCUGCCACCCAACCAAUACCAAUCCCCGGGCCGAGUUUAGUGCCCCAGCCAGACGACACCCCCGCGUAUACGUUUCCUCUGCCUCCUUUAGACCAGCAUUUCAAUACAGCAGAGGAAGGGAGAAAGGCGAUAAAUACAUUCGCAGCCCCCCAUGGCUGGGCGGUUACAAGCAUCCGGUCCAAGGCAACGAAGAAAGGUGUAAAGAAGACUAUCCGGUUGAUUUGCGACCGCGGCCAUGCAGUAAAGGCCGAUAAGAAUGGCCCUGGGCUGGCCAAUGAUGAUAGCCCUGGACCUGCAAAGAAACGUCGAAAGACUACCACCCUUGCGCUUGGAUGCCCCUUUAAGAUGGCUCUUCGACUAGAUCUUAAGACUGAUCUUUGGGGCAUUACCCUGGAGCACGCUACGCAUAACCAUCCAUCCUCACAUGCAUCGACCCAUCCUAUCCAUCGGGCUCUCGAGCUUACUCAAAGGAAUGCAGAGGUCGAUAAUGCGAUUCAGCAAGGCCACACAACCAGUCAGAUUCUUACUGAGAUACGUGAGGCCGACCCGGAGACUAUCCUGGUUCCCCGCGAUAUCCACAACCGUCGACGAAAAUUGGAUCAAAUGUUCCUUGAUGGCUGUACACCUCUUCAAGCGCUACUACAAGAGCUCCCUAAGGAUGUUGAAUGGGUCCUUAGGCAUAGGAGAUUAUCCCAAGGUGAAUCUAUCAAUCCCCCAUAG